CACGUGCUGUUUUACAAGCUGCUCUUUCGGCCGCGGGGUUCCUUGAGGCCCUCUAGUCGGGAUGAUGUUCGCCUCUUCUCAGCAGCUCUUCUCGCCCCAGGCUUCUCUCCAGCAGCAGCAGGAGCCGCUGCCGCCCAGAGUGGAGCAAGGUGGAACCCCGUCAACUCUUCUGCUGCCGGCCGCGCCCCCUGCCGAGGACCCCCUGGAGAAGGUGAAGCGACCCAUGAACGCCUUCAUGGUGUGGUCGAGCGCGGAGCGGCGCAAGAUGGCCCAGGAGCACCCCAAGAUGCACAACUCGGAGAUCUCGAAGCGGCUGGGCGCCGCCUGGAAGCGCCUGCCGGACGCCGAGAAGCGGCCCUUCAUCGACGAGGCCAAGCGCCUCCGCGCCCGCCACCUGAAGGAUUUCCCCGACUACAAGUACCGGCCCCGGCGCAAGGGCAGCGGUAGCCGGGCAGCCAGCGCCGCCGCUGGCAAGGAGAAGGGCCCCGCCUGCUUGGCGGCAGCACCGGCUGCGGCGCCGCCGACGGCACAGCCCUGGCCGGGCUACGGCGCGCCGACGGCGGACGGCCUUGCGGCGCCGCUGUACGACCUCGCGCAGCAGGGCGGCUACGGGACCGGCGCUGCGGCCGCCUUCAGCACCCUGAUCUACGACACCCAGCCUGCUCUCAUGGCUGCCACGAUGGCGAUGCAAGAUGGCAUGCAGCACCCACAUUGCGUCGGCGACUUCCACGACAUGAUGGCGGCCUACGGGCUGCAGGGCUGCGAUGUUGCUGAUGGGCUGCCCCAGUACUGCCUCUCCCAGCACUCCUACCAUCACCUGGGGUUCAACAACACAGCCCCUCUGACCCAUAUCUAAGCCAGAGACUGACGUGGCGGUAGCCGGCGUUCAGUUUUAUGUGUGUUAAAAGGGAAUUAUCUUAAUUUCAUGUGUGUGUGUGUGUUUUUAUAUAUGACAGAAAAAUGUACAGGACUUUUUACAGAAAUGAAGGAAAUUUUGUGUAUAAUGGGUGGGGUAAUUCCUGCUAGCAGGAGUUCCUAUUAAGGGGUGGGUAUUAUGUUUUGGGGGGAGGGAGGCUGGAGGAUCAGCUGCCUUUAUCUGAAGCCUGGUUUGUUUUGGUGGGAAGGGGGUGAGUGGAAAUCCUCAGCUAGAUUUUUGGGGAGGUCACCAAAAAAAAGUGCAGGGGGGGUGUAUUUUGUAAUGACUUCUACUUUUUUAAAAAAGCUUUUUUGUAUUGAAAAUAAAAAUAAAAGCUAUUUGUAAAAGACCAA